GCCUCGUGGUUCUCUUCUGCGCGGCGCCUGUAGCCAUGACUUCAGCGGCGUUUGAGGUCAAGGCCACGGAUAUGAAGAAAUUCUUCCCGGCAAAUCCCCCGCAGCCAACCUUCUACAGUGUUCCGGUGACGUCACUCGAAUCGCAGGGGACAGUGAUCGUGCGAAUGCCAGCCGA